AUUAAUAAAGCUCCAUCUUAUCUUAUCUUAAACCACACAGGUGAAGAAGAACUGACGACAACAUGUGGGAUUUCCAGCGAAGACGAGCUGAUUCGAGGAGUGAGGAGGAGGAUGGAGGCGGAGAGGAAGAUGAUGCCUACAGUGACAGAAUCAGGAAGUAAACAGGAAGUGAAAGAGGACAGUGAAGUGCUGGUGCACGUGAGAGCAGAUCUGUUUGUGAACGCCAGGUCGUGGGAGAGAGUUCGAGGAGCUCUGACCACAUGUGGCCCUCUGAAGCUGCAGUGCAGGUAUCUGAGAGCGGAGGAGAUCUCUGUGUCCAGCAUCAGAGCUCUGCUGGCGUUACUGCCGCAGCAAGGGCUUCUGGGACUUGAUGUUCGUUACAGUAACAUCGGAGUGGCUGGUCUGGCUGAGCUGCUUCCUCUGCUGAAGAGUUUCCCCGCUCUCAGCUCUCUGCGUCUGCAUUACUGUAACCUGGAUCUCCGGAGAGAACAGCCCGGACAGGAAGGAGCUCUGAAGGAACUUUCUGAGGGUCUCAAGCAGCUGCAGGAACUCCGAUGCCUCAGCCUCACCGCGCUGCGUCUGCCGGGACAACUCCGAGUGCUGCUCAGCUCGCUGCCUCGGCCCCUGGAGGUCCUGGAGCUGCCCUACCUGAGCCUGAGUCCUGCUGACCUGGCCUUCCUCUCCGUCAGCCACCACGCCUCCACUCUGCAGCAGCUGGACCUCAGUGAGAACCGUCUGGAUGAAACCACGCUGACCUCCAUCCGCCGCCUCCUCUCUCAGGCCUCCAGCACCCUGCAGCACCUCUCUCUGAGCGGAUGCGGACUCACCGAUAACCUCCUGGUGCUCCUUUUGCCCUCUUUAGGAUGCUGCCGGGCCCUCAGGAGCCUCGCGUUGGCGCUGAACCCUCUCUCUGUAUCCGGCCUCAUGGAUCUGGUGAAGAUGGCGGUGAAGAUGCCUUCUCUGCGGCAGCUGCUGUACCCGAACCCUCUGGAGGAUUAUCAGCCGGGGCUCCCAGAGAUGCCCUCCAGCGCCCAGCUGUUAGACUGGCCCCUGGACGAGGCUAUAGACGUCAACAUCACCAGCAGCCAGAUCAACAGAGCGCUGAAAGCCAGCGGCAGAUCGGACCUGCUGCUGACCUGCGACCUGCUCAACUACGAUAAAGACAUGGUGUGUUAAAGGAUCACGAACACCUGGAGAUCAAAUCCUGCAGACUCUCUCCUGCUUUCUAUCUUUUCUUUAUCAAGUGAUGAAGAUUUAUGGACUAUCAAUACGAAACACGUGCGCUCCUAUUGGCUCGCGCUCCAACACAUUGUACGUGAUAGGCUAAGGGGCGGGACAUCUCUAAGCUGGUACACCAAUCACGACAGAAUGCAGGACUUUUAAAGUAUUACGAACAGCUGACGAUGAAAUCCUGCAACUGUCUCCUGGUUUUUAUUAAAUAUAUAUAUAUAUUUGUUUUUAGGGAGUUUCUCUCCUCCAUUGGACUCCUUUGUUUACUUCUGGAACAUAGUGACAUCACGACGGGACACUCGCUGCCGGAUCCGAACCGCCGAAAACACAAUUGAUUUGGACAUCUUGUUUGUUCAGAUGAGUAAAUGAACAGGAUAUUUAUGACGUGGUUUCAGGUUCUUUGCGAUGAUAACUUUGACCCAGAUGAACCUGAGAACGCCUCUUUUGAUCCUGAUCCAGAAUCCAUACCACAAUCAGACCUUCCUGCCUUAAAGGAGGACGUCCACUCUGAAGCGCUGCAACAAAUUGUGCUGCUUCAACUUCUUCCAGCACUGAGUGGGACACGUGGAGGGGAUGGUGCUUCAGUAACAUGGUGCUCUACUACUUUAAUAACUCUUCUUGUUGUACAUGUUGCUCUUCUGACAGAAUCGCCUGUGCUCUAUCAUCAGGACGGGAUAUGGAUUGUUAACCCUCUUGAAAUGACACGCUUUUUAAACAAAGGCAUUAUCUCAUCAUCUUGUAUAUUUACACACACAUCAACACCCUCUUUAAAUGUGUGUUCACGACAGAUGAGCACAUGCUUACCUCCUUGUGUAGAGGAUGAAUGAACUGCAAAACCUUUAGGAUUAUUAUCCGAGUGAUUCUCGUUGUGUUUUCCAUUUUUGUACCAACUGUCCCCGAAUAAAUCAGUCUUUAAUCUGA